AUGGAGGAUGUAACAACUACUGUACCCUUUCUGUCCCUUCGAAAAGAUCUCAAAGUAGGGGACAAAGUCCGCAUUCUUUCGGGAGACCACGAAGGUGUUACGGGUUGGGUGGUGAAUGGAGACAAUGACUAUGUGUGCGUCUUUAAUGACAGGACCAGUACAGAGAUAGAGGUAUCUCCAGGGAUUGUCCAGUUCUUCACCUCCCCCUUUGUCUUUGGAACAGAGUCCUCAGAUUUAAAAGCUCCCUUCACAGAUGCGCAAAAGCGUGUCAUCAAGGGGGACUCCAAUAGUCAUCUUGUAGGAAAACAAGUAAUGGUCAUCAAGGGGGAUUUUAGAGGUUACCGAGGCAGAAUAAAAAGCACAGUUGGUGAAAAAAGGGUCUUGGUCGAGCUUGAGGCGUGCCUCCAAAGCCCACAAGUUUUUGACAUCAGUUCUCUACGCAUCAUCACCAACGAAAGGCUUCAGGCCCCCAGGCCUUGA